AUGUCUUCGGACGAAGACUACGAGUCGGUGAACGCCGGCGAAGGAAGCGGUGAAAGACGUGCCGAAGAGUUGUCAUCGAAGUUGACAUCAAUUCUGUUCGGAAACAUCGACUCAAACGGCAAUCUAUUGGACGAUAUCUUCGACGACAACUCCAAAAGACAUUUGAAUUCUCUUCGACAGCACCUCUUCUCUGUCAUACCAUUGAGUGAUAUCGUGGACGAAGAGGACGACAACGAGAGUGGUCUCGAAGACGAGUCGGACGCGAAUCGCGAGACCAGUGCUUCCCAACCAAGUGAUGACAACAACAGCCGUAAGAAUGGCGGCGACUGUGAGACCAAAUCUGGACAAAGAAGUAAUAAUACCGACAACUCUUCGGGAUCUCAUCACUCAAACAGUGACACAAAUGGCAACAAAUCCGAUGACUAUGACUUUAACGAGAAGUCUUCGAAUGCUAUCGAUUUCUCCGAUAUUAAUGAGUUGUUUGAUGUGAGCGCCGACGAGGAGAAGAAGUUUGAAGAGUCGAUAAAACUGUCGAUAAAACCAUUUAAAGUGAAACUAGAAGAAGACGACGAUUACGACACACCCGCCGAUGCGUCGGAACCCAAACUAGACAGCGAUGGCUUCAAAAUACCCGAUAAAAUAAACGCCAAACGAGACCUACCGGCCCUUUCGCUGAUAUUGAAUACAAAUAAUACAAACAAUAAUGAUAUCAAAGAAAAUGGGGAACAGAAGCAGAAAAAACUGGACACACCUUUGGCUGCGAUGUUGCCCUCGAAAUACGCUGAUCUCGAUGUGACCGAACUUUUUCCUGAAUUCAGACCCAAUCAAGUGCUGAGGUUUUCCCGUCUGUUCGGACGCGGGAAGCCCUCAAGUCUUCCUCAGCUCUGGAAGAAUGUUAGGAAUAAGAAGAAGAAGAAAUUGAUGGAAACGCCUAAAAUUGAGUCCGAAUCUGAAGAUUACUCUUCGGACGACGAGUCUAAAUGGCGGCUCAACUUCGCGCCGACACCUCCGCCUGAAUUGAUCGAAGAGGACGACGAAGAGAAGCUUAAGAGGCCUCUGGAGCUGAAGAACUAUAGCGGCCGACAAGAGAAGGAUUUUAAGGACGAUGGGAACCAGAAGGUGGCGGACUGGCGGUACGGACCGGCACAGUACUGGUACGACACACUGAGCGUACCCGAGAAUGGCGACGGGUUUGACUACGGCUUCAAAGUGCGAAAGAGAGACAAUUAUAGCGAAGAGGAAUCAUAUAAUGGCGACAAUGAAGACGAUAGUAUGAACGCGGAUGACGCCUACCAUAUGGUGACACAAAUCCAAUGGGAAAACGACAUCAUAUGGAACGGUGACGAACACAAGCAGAAGAUUUUGGCCAAAUUGAAUGAGAAGAACCACGCGGCCGGUUGGGUGCCGUCAAACCUCAACAGAACCGCUUCCGCUUUCACGCAACACUUGCGCGGAUCAGUACCGCCGACGCCAACGAUUAGUAAAACUAAUAUUACGAUAGGAAAGAAAGGGGACAAGAAAAUUGAGAUACAGGAGCCGCCAGACAACACCUGGUAUUCAAUAUUUCCCGUUGAGAACGAGGAACUCGUUUACGGCUGUUGGGAGGAUGAAGUGAUAUGGGAUCCCGAGGCCAUCGACAAAGUGCCGGAACCGAGAAUAUUAACACUCGAUCCGAACGAUGAGAAUAUAGUGCUCGACAUUCCCGAUGACAUCGACCCGAACGCAGAGCACACGAAGUCUAGUAUAGCCCCCAAAGAGAAGAAAGAUAUGGUCCGCAAAUCGCGGCUACUGUUAGGCAAAGCGGGUGUUAUCGCCGAACCCGAGAUCAUAAGCCCUCCCUCGCCCACCAAUACAGAGAAGGAUCCCUUCAAUAUAUCAAACGACGAGUACUAUAAUCCCAAACUCACCACAGAUGUGGCCCUAAAGCCUAACGUCGGCGCUAAUCUCAUACAACACUCCAUUCCAGCCCUGGAAUUACGUCAACCAUUUUUCCCCACAUUUUUGAGUUACUCAAGACUUCGCGCUUUUCAUAGGCCGACACUAAAGCGCUAUUCUCACGGAGCGGUGGCCGACUCAUUACCGCAUGGAGUCGUCCCUCUCCUCAAACACAUCAAACGAAAGGCCAAAAUGAGAGAACAGGAAAGGAUUGCGAGCGGAGGCGGAGAAAUGUUUUUCAUGAGAAAACCGGACGAUUUGACGGGAAAGGACGGCGAAGUGAUUCUCUCGGAGUUCUCCGAAGAGCACCCGCCGCUUGUCAUGCAAGUGGGAAUGGCCACCAAAAUCAAGAACUAUUAUAAAAGGAAACCCGGCAAAGACACCGGCGCUCCCGACUAUCAGUACGGAGAGACAGCUUUCGCGCACACCUCACCAUUUCUGGGAAACUUAACGCCCGGUCAGUCACAACAGGCCUUUGAGAACAAUCUAUUCCGAGCGCCCAUUUAUGACCACCAAAUGCCUGAAACAGAUUUCUUAAUCAUCAGAACCAGAGAAAGUUAUCACGUCCGCGAAGUGGAGACCAUCUUUACUGUGGGUCAGGAACUGCCCCUCUAUGAGGUCCCGGGACCUAACUCUAAGAAGUCUAACAAUUUUAUCAGAGAUUUCCUUCAAGUGUUUAUAUACCGACUGUUUUGGAAGAGCACAGACAUUCCGCGUCGUAUCAAAAUGGAGGACAUAAAGAAGGCUUUCCCCUCUCACUCGGAGAGUUCAAUACGUAAACGGCUUAAGCUGUGCGCAGAUUUCAAGAGAACAGGUAUGGACUCAAACUGGUGGGUAUUGAAGCCGGAGUUCCGACUUCCCUCUGAGGAUGAGAUCCGUGCGAUGGUCUCUCCUGAGGCCUGUUGUGCCUACUAUUCGAUGAUCGCUGCGGAACAGCGACUCAAAGACGCCGGUUAUGGCGAGAAGUUUAUGUUCGCUCCCGAAGACAUUGAAGACGAAGACGUGCAGAUGAAAAUGGAUGACGAGGUGAAGGCCGCCCCUUGGAAUACGACCCGUGCCUUCAUAUCAGCCAUGAAAAGCAAAUGUCUGCUCCAAUUGGCGGGUGUGGCGGACCCCACAGGUUGUGGCGAAGGCUUCUCUUACGUGCGGAUACCUAACAAACCCCAGCAGUCGAAGGAAGAGAGUCAGAAAGAGGCGGCGCCUAAAAAGACUGUCACCGGAACUGAUGCCGAUCUGAGACGACUGCCGUUAAAUCAAGCGAAACAGUUGCUCAAGAAGUUUGGUGUUCCCGAUGACGAGAUAAAGAAGUUGUCGCGUUGGGAAGUGAUAGAUGUGGUGAGGACUCUGUCCACAGAACAGGCCAAACAACAGGGCGAAGAGGCGGCCGACGCUAUGAGCAAAUUCGCUCGAGGAAACAGAUUCAGUAUCGCUGAACACCAGGAGCGGUACAAAGAGGAAUGUCAGCGCAUAUUCGAACUCCAGAACCGUAUCCUCUCUUCCAAAGAGGAGUUGUCGACCGAUGAGGACGAGAGCGAAGAGGAGGACUCAGACAUCGAGGAAAUGGGAAAAAAUAUCGAAUCAAUGCUCGCGAACAAGAAGACCAGUCAUCAGAUCUCACAGGAGAAGGAAGAGGCGGAGAGACGAGAGCUUCAGAAACUGAUUUACGGCGAAGAGUCGAAUCCGGGAGAGUCUAAGAAAAGGAAACUCGAGAGGGAUGACGACACCGACGAUGCCAUGAGUUUGAGCUCAUCUAUCGGCCGAAUACUGAAGAUUUACCGAACGUUUCAGAACUCUGAGGGAAAAGAAUACGUUCGCAUAGAAACGGUUCGCAAACCGGCGGUCAUUGACACCUAUGUCCGCAUCCGCACCACCAAAGACGCGGCGUUUAUCAAACAAUUCGCCACCGCUUUGGAUGAUCAGCAGAAGGAGGAGAUCCGUCGCGAGAAGAGACGCAUUCAGGAACAGUUGCGACGAUUGAAACGCAAUCAGGAAAAGGAUAAAUUGACAAACAGUUUGAGACAACAGAUGGGCAUCACGUCGUCGAUGGGCAGCGAGUUCUCGACAAUCUUCGCGUCGCCGACCACUCCGUCCGUCACACCAACCAAAUCACCAAAAGAGCCAAAAAUGAAGAAAAUAAAAAAGGAAAAGGAAAUCAACGUUAAGCUGAAGUGUGGCGCCUGUGGGGCCGUCGGACACAUGCGCACCAACAGAGCGUGUCCUCAGUUCAAAGGCGUUGAUAUCGUACCUCCGGUUCAGGUGGCGAUGACUGAGGAGGAGAUGCAGGAGGAGGAGAGACACGGUCUGAAUGAAGACCAUUUGGUGAAAGUGGACGAAACCAAAGUCGUUCUCUCGAAGUCACUCAUCAAACAUAUGGAUGAAGUGAAGAGUAAGGCUCUGAAGCUGAAGAUCCCGAAGCAGGCGCUCAGUAUGAAGAGGCGGCGCAGGGCUGGGACUGUCGAUCACUGCGAUUACCUCCAGAAACCCGACUACAAGUCGGCCAACAGAAGACGCACCGAUCCGUUGGUCACUCUGUCGGGCAUUUUGGAGGAAGUGUUGAAUGAGAUGCGAGACUUACCCGACACUCAACUCUUUCACCUCCCGGUGAACGCCAAAGUGGUUCCCGAUUAUUACAAACUCAUCAAAAAUCCUAUGGAUUUGCAAACCAUUCGUAAUAAGAUUCGCGAGAAGGGCUUCACCUGUAGAGACGACUUCCUCCAAGACAUCAACCAAAUCGUCGAGAACUCGAGGCUUUACAACGGAAUCAAUCAUUCGCUCACUUUUACGGCACAGAAAAUGAUGGAAAUGUGUCUCAAGAGGUUCAAAGAGAAGGAGGAGAAGUUGAUGCGCAUCGAGAAGGCUAUCAAUCCGUUGCUCGACGACAACGAUCAGGUGGCCUUCUCUUACAUACUCGAGAAUAUAGUGAACCAACGCCUGAAGACAAUACCCGAGUCGUGGCCUUUCCAUAAACCGGUGGACAAGAAGUUUGUGAAAAACUAUUACGAAAUCAUCGAAAAUCCGCGAUCUUUCGAGUCGAUCGAGAAGUCCAUAAAACAACAUAAAUAUCAAUCACGCGAGCAGUUCAUCGACGACGUGGAACUCAUACUGAAGAACAGCGAGCGAUACAACGGCGCCGACAGUCAGUUCACGAAGAAGGCGGUCGAGAUCUUGGAGGCGGCCAAAGAGUGGCUCACAGUAUAUGACGAGCAGCUGACAGUCCUCGAACAGGCCAUCGUCGACGCCAAGGAGAAGGCGCUCGAAGACGCCGACACCGACUCCGUCAUCACCGGCUUCUCCAAAGACGGCGCCGAAGACGUGUCCACUCGUCCGCCCUCUUCGGCGGCGUUGAGCUAUAGAGACACCGACGACAACGCUGUCGACUAUUUCGAUGAGAACAGCGAAUCCAAUGCUUUGGACGACAAAAGCAUUAGACAUUCAGUGGUUCACGAACUGGAGAUGAGUCCCGAAAAUAGUGAUAACGAAGAGAUGGAGAUUGUGGCCAACGAUAACGAUGAGGAAGAGGUGAUCGACGAGAGCUACGAUCCCUCGGAGUUCCUGUUCGAGCGGUUCUCUAAACCACAGACAGAACCGCAAUCGUCCGCCGCUUACACCCCUUCCCUGCCAUUCCCCUCGCAGUCGUCGGCUAUGAAUGUGUCAAACGAUUUGCCGGUUUCUGACUCCGACUCUAAUCCCAAUCUGCAAACCACUGAUGAACAUAACGAUGAGGACAACGACCUCUGGUUUUAGACAAUAUUUAGACAAUAAUUAACUUUAUUAUUAUUAUUUAUAAUACAUUUUUGUAUAUAUUUUUAUUAUUUAUGUUUAAAACGAUGACUUAAAAGAGAG